AUGACGACCAACCGUCCCAACAUCAUCUUCAUCAUGGCCGACGACCAUGCGGCCAAAUCCAUCUCUUGCUACGGCGCUGGAAUCAACCACACGCCCAAUCUCGACCGUCUCGCCACCGAAGGCAUGAAAUUCAACCACUGCUACGUAACAAACAGCAUCUGCACGCCGUCCCGCGCUGCAAUUCUAACCGGAACGCACAACCACGUCAACGGAGUCAUGACCCUCGACUCGAAAAUCAACAAGCACAUUCCGAAUGUCGCCAAGCACCUUCGCGUGGGCGGGUAUCAAACCGCAAUGGUCGGCAAAUGGCAUCUGGGCGAAGGCAAGAACCACGAACCCACGGGUUUUGACUAUUGGGAAGUCGUCCCGGGACAAGGCGAAUACUUCGACCCGCAAUUUAUUGGACCGGACGGUAUUCAUCGCGAGUAUGGGUAUGCCACCGAUAUCAUUACCGACAAGAGUCUCGACUGGAUUAAAUCCCGCGAUCAAAAGAAGCCCUUCUUCCUCAUGUGCCACCAUAAAGCACCACAUCGCAGCUGGGAAUGUGACCCCAAACAUAAAACUCUCUAUAAAGACCCCAUCCGUCUCCCGGAUACCUUCACAGACGACUAUAAGAACCGUGCGAAAGCAGCCUCCGUCGCGAAGAUGCGCGUCGCCGAAGACCUGACCUACAUGGAUCUCGGACUCGCGCAGCCAGAUGGCGGGAGGUCUGACGUCGGAUCAAAGAUGAUGGAUACAUGGUCGUCGUACGACCGCAAGAUCCCCGAUCCUGAAGACGUGACGGCAUUGAAAUUGAUCGACAAAGACGAUGGAACCGUCUUCACCUUCUCUUCUCGAGUCGAGCUCGCCGAAUUCAAAUUCCAGCGCUACAUGCAACGCUACCUUCGCACCAUCCAGUCUAUCGACGACAAUGUCGGCCGGAUGCUAGACUAUUUAGAUACGGAAGGUCUAGCAGAGAAUACAAUUGUCAUCUACACCUCCGACCAAGGCUUCUUCCUCGGUGAACACGGUUGGUUCGACAAGAGACUCGUCUACGAGGAGAGUUUCAACAUGCCUUUUCUCAUCCGGUACCCGCGCGAAAUCGCAGCUGGAAGCAUCUGCAACGAUAUCAUUAGCAAUGUGGACUUUGCGCCGACGUGGUUGGAUUAUGCCGCUUGUCGGAAGCCAUCAUACAUGCAGGGUGUGAGUUUUCGCGAGCUGCUGAAACAAAAUACCCCGGCCGAUUGGCAGCAGGUUGCGUAUCAUCGAUACUGGAUGCAUCGUGAUGUGAUUCAUGAGGCGUAUGCGCAUUAUGCGGUGCGUGAUAAGCGGUAUAAACUGAUUUAUUGGUAUAAUGAGGGUUUUGGAAUUGAAGGGACGAGACCUGGCGGGGAAGAGAAGGAGUGGGAGCUUUUUGAUCUCGAUGAAGAUCCGUUGGAGCUGUUUAACUGCUAUCGUGAAGAGAAAUAUGCAGGAGUGGUAAAGCAUAUGACAAGAUUGUUGGAGGAGAAGAUGGAAGAGAUUGGCGAUGAGCCUGUUCACCCGAGGGAGGCACACCUGUAA